CUCUUCACCACGCUAAGCACCUCUGUGAACUUUCGAUUCUCUUCUCUUCUCUUCUCUUGUUGAUCGUUGCUCUGUUCCUUUGUGCAUUCCCUGAUGCUGGCCUCGAGGAUUCUCUGGCGAGUUUCCCGCAGCGCGGGCUUACGCUCCUCUCUCUCCGCCGCCGCUCUUCCGGCGAGGAACCAAGCUCCUAUAUUCACUAGCCGGUAUCACUCCCUGGUUAACAACUUCUCACAAAAGCUUGUAGCAGCUCAGGUGUCUCUUGAUUCGUUUUCACUUCAAAGGUUGUCUCUUUCUUCAACCUCCACAACGCCUGAAUCACACGAAAAGGAGAACAGCAACACUGAGGCGUCCAAGACAGCUGAAGAGAAAGCUACAGCUGAGGCAAACGAGUCAGGUCUUGACUCAGAAUCAAAAGCUUCUGCGGGGAAAGAUGCUAAAAGAGCUGCAGUUUCGGAAUCAGAUUCCGAGAGUGAUGGUGAUGAUGAUGAGGAGAUGUCGAAGGAUGAUCUGGUGAAGCUCGUAGCUGAGAAGGAGGAGCUACUGUCUGUGAAGGAGGAAGAGAUUAAGCUAAUGAAAGAUAAAGUUCUUCGCACUUACGCAGAGAUGGAGAAUGUAAUGGACAGAACAAGGCGUGAUGCUGAAAACACCAAGAAGUAUGCCAUACAGAAUUUUGCAAAGAGCCUUUUGGAUGUGGCGGAUAACCUUGGAAGAGCUUCUUCUGUUGUCAAAGAGAGCUUCUCAAAGCUUGACGAGACCUCGAAAGAUUCUGCUGCUCCACUGUUAAAGACCCUUUUAGAAGGCGUGGAGAUGACUGAGAAACAGCUAGCUCAAGUGUUUAAGAAAUUUGGUAUGGACAAGUAUGAUCCUAUCAACGAACCGUUUGAUCCAAACAGACAUAACGCAAUGUUCCAAGUCCCUGAUGCUUCUAAACCAGAAGGCACAGUUGCUCAUGUCUUGAAGUCUGGAUACACGCUGUAUGAUCGAGUGAUAAGACCAGCUGAGGUUGGUGUUACUCAGGGAGGAGAGAGCGAAGAAAACAAGAAAGAGUCUGAUGCUUAAAAAAGAAGUCCAUAAAUCUUUUGAGUUAUACAAGUUUUCUCUUGUCGUUUGUUUAUUCAUCGGAUGAACAAAGAUCUCCCAUAGUUGCUGGACAUGGUCACUUGCAAGGGAAGUCCUGCUUCUGUGUCCGUUUGUUUUUAGUCUUCUUUCAAACAUGAUUUGAUAAGUUUUCAGACACAAAUCAAGGUUGUGCAUACA